GACGCCAUCUUAUCGCGACUGAGCAGAGUGGCGGCGGCGUUUCCUGGAGUCUGAGCCUGGCGCCGAGGCUAUGGGCAGCCAGGAGGUGCUGGGCCAGGCGGCCCGGCUGGCCUCCUCCGGUCUCUUCCUGCAGGUAUUGUUUCGGUUGAUCACCUUUGUCUUGAAUGCAUUUAUUCUUCGCUUCCUGUCAAAGGAGAUCGUUGGCGUAGUAAAUGUAAGACUAACGCUGCUUUACUCAACCACCCUCUUCCUGGCCAGAGAGGCCUUUCGCAGAGCAUGUCUCAGUGGGAGCACACAGCGAGACUGGAGCCAGACCCUCAACCUGCUAUGGCUAACAGCUCCCCUGGGUGUGUUUUGGUCCUUAUUCCUGGGCUGGGUCUGGUUGCAGCUGCUGGAAGUGCCUGAUCCUAAUGUCGCCCCUCACUAUGCAGCCGGAGUGGUGCUGUUUGGUCUUUCGGCAGUGGUGGAGCUUCUAGGAGAGCCCUUUUGGUUCUUGGCACAAGCACAUAUGUUUGUGAAGCUCAAGGUGAUUGCUGAGAGCCUGUCGAUAAUUCUUAAGAGUGUUCUGACAGUUUUUCUCGUACUAUGGUUGCCUCACUGGGGGUUAUACAUUUUCUCUUUGGCCCAGCUUUUCUAUACCACAGUUCUGGUGCUCUGCUAUGUUAUUUAUUUCACAAAGUUACUGGGUUCCCCAGAAUCAACCAAGCUUCAAACUCUUCCUGUCUCCAGAAUAACAGAUCUGUUACCCAAUAUUACAAGAAAUGGGGCUUUUAUAAACUGGAAAGAGGCUAAACUGACUUGGAGUUUUUUCAAACAGUCCUUCUUGAAACAGAUUUUGACAGAAGGGGAGCGAUAUGUGAUGACAUUUUUGAACGUAUUAAAUUUUGGUGAUCAGGGCGUGUAUGAUAUAGUGAAUAAUCUUGGCUCCCUCGUGGCCAGAUUAAUUUUCCAGCCAAUAGAGGAAAGUUUUUAUGUGUUUUUUGCUAAGGUGCUGGAGAGGGAAAAGGAUGCCACACUUCAGAAGCAGGAGGAUGUUGCUGUGGCCGCUGCAGUCUUGGAGUCCCUGCUCAAGCUGGCGCUGCUGUCCGGCCUGACCAUCACUGUUUUUGGCUUUGCCUAUUCUCAGCUGGCUCUGGAUAUCUAUGGAGGGGCCAUGCUUAGCUCAGGAUCAGGUCCUGUUUUACUGCGUUCCUACUGUCUCUAUGUUCUCCUGCUUGCCAUCAACGGAGUGACAGAGUGUUUCACAUUUGCUGCCAUGAGCAAAGAGGAGGUCGACAGGUACAAUUUUGUGAUGCUGGCCCUGUCCUCCUCAUUCCUGGUGUUAUCCUAUCUCCUGACCCGUUGGUGUGGCAGCGUGGGCUUCAUCUUGGCCAACUGCUUUAACAUGGGCAUCCGGAUCACACAGAGCCUUUUCUUCAUCCACCGCUACUACCAAAGGAGCCCCCACAGGCCCCUGGCUGGCCUGCGCCUGUCACCAGUCCUGCUUGGGGCAUUUGCCCUCAGCGGUGGGGUCACUGCUGUUUCGGAGGUGUUCCUCUGCUGUGAGCAGGGCUGGCCAGCCAGACUGGCACACAUUGCCCUGGGGGCCUUCUGUCUGGGAGCAACGCUUGGGACAGCAUUCCUCACGGAGACCAAGCUGGUCCAUUUCCUCAGGACUCAGUUAGGUGUCCCCAGACGCACUGACAAAACAACCUGACUCCAGGGGAGCCUGGACACCUGAGGCACCUGGACCAGCUAUGGGCAGUUCCGGGGGCGGAACACAUAUCCUGUGUAAGAGCCCCUCUGAGGGCUCUGCCGUGGAGUGACAGCAGCCCCGGAGGUGAGGCACCAGAGGGAGCCACUACGUGAGACACUUGUGUUCAUUCAGAAUCUGAAAUGUGGAGGAGGAGUUUCAUUUUUAAGUGAAGGCCAAAAAGCCCUUUAAAAAUAAUAUAGUUUUUUUCAUCAUUUUAUAGUGAUCAGCAUUUUCUCUUUCACUAAUGUACUCGUUCCUUUUGAGUGUGAUUGGCCUUUGGAGUUGCAUGCUCCAACAAACUAAGUCUUCUUUGUUAAUUGUUAAUAAUCAUCUGGCCCAGAAAAAGAGAUGCCGCCAUUUUACCCUUCACAGGAAUAUGGAACUUCUGUAAAAGAGAAACAGAGAUGAUGUUAUGUACCAGA